AUGUGCUUCCCGUUUCUACUGGCAAAGGACGAGCGGAGGGCAUCUCGCUCGUCGGAUAUCGUGCACGUUCAUGUAUUGCCCGUGAAACGGGAUGACGCCCGGCGCACAGAAUUCUACAGCCAACUUUUGGACCACAUCCUCACCGUCUCUGGUGUCGUCGCCAUCAUAGCAAACGGCCCGUUAAACAUUCCCUUCCUUAAGAACGCGGCAGACCUCGUGAAAAGCAUUGCCGAGCUUGGACAGGCGUUGAACGCCAACAAGGAUGACUGCGACAAGCUCGUGCAAAAGACGUCAGAUCACCUGAGCAUCCUCAGCGACACCCUCGCCAAGGACAACAUCACGAUCGAUGCCGCCUUCCAGAGCCACGUCCUCUCGUUCGUCGAAAUCCAAUAUGUGUUCUUAAACUUCACUCCUCGUUCGUACCGGGCUCGGCUGCUGCGCAACGCGGCGGAUAGGCGCGAAAUCGUCGAGUGCCAAGAGCAGCUCAGCCGUGCGUUUGACCAGCUUCAACUGGCGAGCAUCGUACACACAGCCGUACGACUCAACGGCAUUGCGCACGGCGUGUCGGACGUAGAGACGUUGGUGGGGCGGUCUACAGACGACCUACGUCUGCAACUAAGCAAGGUCCACCGUGUAGUCUCCGCGCAGUCUUACCCUUCAGCCAUAAACAGUACUAGAACAGAGGCACGCCGGCGUAGACCACGACGCCCGAGCUCGAACCUGCAAAUAUCCACCAACAUUAUCCGCUCAUCGCCGUACCGCCGAAUAAGCACGCCAUAUACCGUCCUGCCGUUAUCACCUCUGAGAAUGCAGUGGACCGGCACCGCAAUAACACGUGCUCACGAUGCUGGCAUGCUGAACCUGCGGAGCAGGCGCGACGCCACCGCUGUCCCGAAAGUGCGUACCGCGGAACGCGAGGCCAGGUAAGCGCCCGGGAGAGAGCGGCGAGAGGUCGCAGAGUG